GCGGGCUGCGACGCAUCACAACCAUAUUUUCGCACAGAGGACGGAGAAGAGGAAAGCACGCGUUUCGCCGGUUUUUUCUUGUCCACCUGAAGUUCUUCUCUGUCCGGUGGUCGCGUGUAUUUCGGUGUUUCCCCCCUCUCUCUCGUUCUCUGCUUGUCUGGCCACUGCACUCGAGAGAGGCUAGGAACUUGUCCUACCGUCGUUCGCCAUCCUUUUUCCACCCUGCUGGCCCUGCCUCGCUGGGAAAUGGCUUCUCGUGUUGCUGCCGACCUCUUUUUUCCUCCAACGUCGCGCAGUGUCUUUGCGCGGCCUUGCUUCGUCUCCAGGACAACGAAGCACACAGCAGAAAGCCGAGUUUGAUACGCCUUCUCUCCACUCUCGACUCGCGUUAAGUUCUCUUUCUGUUUCUCCCCUUCGUCUAAGCGCGCCUUGUCAAGAUGGAACCGUCUCCGUUUUCCUCGUCUUCUUUGUUUGCCGGCCGCCCGUUUUCCCUUCCAGGGACUUCUUCCUCGCUUUUUGGCCGCAAUGUUCCAUCUGCGUCGUCUGUCUUCUCUGCCGGGACCUACGCCGCUACAAAACCAUCUUCUUCUACUCCUUUCUCAUCGUCAGGCUCCUCUCUGUUCUCGGCUUCUGCGUCUUCGUCGGAUGCCUCGACGUUCUUCCCUUCCUCCGGGACUCCCGGUCCCUCCUCGUCGUCUCUCUUUUCUUCGUCCAUGUUCUCAACUCCCUCUCGCUCUUCUUCCUCGUCGUCUCCGUCUGCCUUCUCUUCCUCGGCUCUGUGUCCUGCGUCUUCGGCCUCCUCUCUCUCUCCAGACGCGUCGUCUUCUUUCUCGCUCGCGCGUCAGGCUGUCCCUGCUGUCGUCCACCAUGCCGCCGCAGACCGCGACGCCAGUCCCGUUCCCUCCUUCUGCAUGUCUUCGUCUUCUUCGCACUCGUCUCUCGCCGCUUCUUCCUCGAAGAAGGAACCGUUCGUCGCCGCGGGAGGGCGCGAGCGUCUGUGCACACCAGAGGGUGACUUCAUUCCGCCGCCUCUGCCGACAGGGGACGCGAGAUGCCUUCUUGCAGGAGAGACUGGAGAAGCGAAUCCACUGCUGACAGAGCCGGAGCACCAAGCACCCAUCCUGCUGAAGAUCCAGGACCCUAUUCAGCUGUUGCUGCAGGACGGUGCGUCCGCGAGCGACGGGGAUGGGUCAGCCGCUUCGGCAGACAAGGGAACGUUGAACUCCUUCUUCGUCGGAAAGCUGUACGGCUACUGCAGCGAAGAAGAGAUGCUUGACAAACAGCAAGUCUGCACAACCAGCGACUUCGAGAGACUCGAGGCUAUCGUCCCCGGCGACCCAGAAGCUCGAAUCAUCAAUCCGUACCUGGCUGUCGCGUCCUUCCGCCGAAGCGACGCAGGAAAGCCGUUCCAUCCGAUCAGUACGCGGCCUGCGGUCUGGUGCCGCCGCACUGUGCACCAUCUCCUGACGUACUCGGUCGAUGCGGACUUGACGAACCCUGUGCCGGGAUCCACGCCGAGCGAGUGCAGUCUCUCUGUCGCGCCGAAGCCGUACCUGUACUCGCGCCAGGGCCGCGGCUACGCCUUUCUGGAUGUCUACAACUUUCUGCGAGACCGCCUGCGAGCCUGCUGGCAGCAUUUGACGGUGCAACACGUACAGAAGCACCGCGCGUCGAUCGAAACGUUGGAGAUCUCCUACCGCUUCCUCAUCUUUGCGGAGGAGCAGCUGGCGAGCCACCCUGGCUUCGACCGCGUCUCGAAUCAAGGCCUCAUGCAAACAUGUCUUGACAAGCUGAUGCACGGCUACGAGGCUGUGCGCUCCUUCCAGGCGCGACGCGACUUCCACGUCUACCUCCACAGAUGUCGCGAAGCCGCAGCCUCUCACACGGCCGCCGCUGGCGAACUCGCCUUGGCCGAUAUUUUGGUGUACAAGAGCCGGUACGAGGGCGAGUUUUGGGGGUAUCGGAUCUUGUCGCUCAUGAGUUCGAGCGGGAGUGAACGCGCCUUGGUCGGCAUUCUGCAGCGUCUCCCGCCAGACCUUCUCAGCCACGACUGUGUGCGCUUCGCUCUCGCCGCCUUCGCGGCCUUCAGGUCCGCAAACGUCCGCCGGUAUGUCCAGCUCAUGCGGACUGGAAAGUUCUUGUGCGGCGUCCUCAUGAACAAAUUUGCCAACUUUGCGCGAGCACGCGCUCUCCGAAAUCUUGUCUCCAACCGCCUCGUCCACGACGAAAAGCAUCCCAUAACCCUCGAGCGAAUCCGCAGACUCCUCGGAUUCGACGGCGAACCUGAUGAGUCGUUUUUUUCAUUUCUCUCUUUUUUCUCUCUGCGCGUGGAGACGGGACAUCCGCGCGGCGAGGUCUACUGCUACUGUGGAGAGCUGAAAAAGUCUCUCCUUCAGGAUUUGUCGAAUUACCGAAAAGUCCGAGCUCCCUCUUUUCCCUCUGCGUUUCUGAAGCCGCCUCCAGGCCUUUCGCGCCAGCAGCUGCUCGACCCGGACUAUGCACAAGUGGCUGCACGAGCGCCAGCGCGCCUGUCUUCUUCUUUUUCACUUCCUUCUUCCUCUUCGUCAAGACCUCUGCCAUGUUUGCAGGAGUUGCCAACGCGCGCUGCACCUGCCUCUUUGUCUGUGCAUGCAAGCAGACUGUCUCCCGCCUCUCCUUCGCUUGCGGUCUCUUCUUCGCAUCUCCUGCCGUCUAGCCUAACGAGCAGCGGAAAAGGACCUGCGACAGACCCGCGGGAGUCGCCUCCGACUGCGAGUACGUCGUUUGCUACGGAUUUUUCGCAGCCGCCAGCCGAGGCCUUGGAAAGCCAGCCUCCAGUUCCCUCGUCUCUCUUUUCUUCUCCUCCUUCUGCCGUGGCGCCGCUCCCUUCUGCUUCGUCCGCGCCUUCGUCGGUGUCUCCUUCGACCGUAUGGGGUGCCUCAGCGUCUGAGCCGAGACGCCAGUCUGAACAGGAAAGGGGAUGCAUCCAGGUCGGCGAGGAGGACCUUCCUGGCGCCUCGAAUCCAAGUCAGAGUUUGACUCCGUCUCGCUCUUCCGUGCAGCGAUCCGAGCGAGCUCCACGUGUCUCCUCGCCAUCUGCUUCGCCUGCAGUCCCUGCUCCUCUCGCCUCCUCGGCGCCAUGCGAAGAGUCUCCCCUCGGCAGAGCCGAGUUAGGGAGUGGGAAGCGAACUUCAAGGCUGCUCAACGGCGCCUCGCGCCCGCCAGCCGGCGUCCGCAUUUCUCCCCCUGCCUCGCCGCUGCCUCUCACGCCUUCCCUGCUUUCUCCUCUCCCUCAGAAACAGGCGAGAGCUGCGGAGGAAGAGACAGAGAAGGCGGAGAAAGCACAGAAGAGUCCAGAGUCUGGGGUCGCUGGCGUCGGAGCUUCUCCGGCGAGAAGACCCGAGGCUUCAGUUUCUCUUUCUGCAGAGGCGACCGAGGAGUGCCGAGACGUUUGUCCGCUGGCUUCGCCUCUGGCGUUCUUUUCUUCGAUGUCAGAGGCGAAAGCACAAGCCGACUCACAGACGGAGAGAGGUCCGAGUAGAGAGGCAUCUGGGACAGGGAGAGAGGGCGGGUGCAACGAGAUGGUGUCAGGAGCAGAGCGACUCAGCAAGGAGUGGGGGCGAGAGAGGGAAGGCAAAGUCGAGGCAGCCAGGCCAAGGCGAACACAGAAGGAGGAAACUUUGAGGCGCGACCACGACGUUUUGAGCGAAGCGAAGAAAUGCCAGGAGAGAGAAGAAGAGGAGCGACGGAGGGAAGCCGAGGAGAGGCGAAAACGGGAAGAAGAACAGAGGAGACAAGAACAAAGACAGAAAGAAGAAGAUGUCAAGCGCCUCUCAGGCGAGGACGGCGACUGGUGGUUGAAUCUGGUUGGACUGAACUCGUGGCGAGACGGAAGCCAACGCGUAGACGCUCUGCGCUCGGUUCUGACUCCCCUGCCCGCUGUCGACACUCCGCAGGGCGCAGAAAGAAGGGGGAGACGUUCUCGGGCGUCGCUGUCGGGGUCCACGGUCGCCAUAGGCAAAGGCGCACGGUCGCGGAGUAGCGAAGGCAAGCUUGCGUCUUCGCCUGUUUCGAGAGGAACACAGGGCACAGAGGGAGAAGACGAGCCUGCGCGAGACGAGGUCGAACUCGAAGAGUUGGAGAGAGUUUUGUUUUUUCCUCAACUGGACUGCUCAAUGAAGCAGCAGACCCCAGGAGGCGCGCGCACAUUAGGGACGACUAGGAGACGUCGUGGACGUUCUCGGCAGAGCCUUUUUUGUCGCGGUCCUUCCUAUGUCCCCUCUUCUGCAUCUCUCUCUUCGUUCCCUCCCUCUCGGCGUCGGCCCGAUCUGUCGCGUUCUCGCCAGAAGCCAUCCAGCUCAGGCGCCCUGUCGCCUGUAUCGCGACAGCGACAGACAUCUCGCGCUGGGAGUGAAGAAGGCAGUCCCAGGAGGAAGGGACGAUGCGAGAGUUUGCCGAUUCUUUCUCAGCCUAGCACGCCACUCAGCGCUCUUGUCGCUGCGGUUGUUCACCGUCGGAGCAGGCGUCUCUGGCCUUCGCCGUGCGUCGCGCGAGUGUUGCAACGCAGAGGUCGAAGGGCAGCGGGAACGUCUUCGUCCGCUGCAGUUGCUGGAGCUCUGCAGCAAACACAGGGGGAGGAUCGACGUGGAGACGCGUACGAAGGAGGAGAACUCGAGGGCGACGACAGAGAAGCAGACGAUUUGGGCGUUUAUGUAAAGUUCCUCUUCUUCACGUCUGCCUGGCUUCUCCUCAAUCGCCAGCAGCUGCCUCGGGACCCAAUUUUUCAACAUCUGUCGAACGCCACAGACAGCAACAGACUCCUCUUGCCUGAAUUCCGUGUGGAGAAGGGCAGGGCUGGGGGUUGUGGCGUGUGGGGAGGGAACAAGGAGGGGAUCGCGGAAGAGCUCCAGUUUUCGGGCAGUAGAGCCGAGUGCCCUGACACACUCACUUCCUCCAUGAUGGCUCUCGCUCUCUCCUUGACCCCCAGCUGCGAGAUAGAGGAAGAGGCCGAAAAUGCUUCUGCUCCCUCCUCGCGAGACGGACCUCUUUCGCUGCCAGGGUGUGUCGCGUUGGGGUUGUCGUCGUUAGCUGGAUCACAGGAAUCUUCGGCCUUCGCUUCAGACGCACAGCCAACAAGCCGAGAGGAAGCGGACGCCGAGAAGGAGCUCGUCGUGCUCCCCAGCACCAUCUAUUUGUGGCCUGCGAGUCAGCAAAAAGUGCAAAGAGAUCCAAAUGUCGCGUCUUCACCCUUUACGUCUGCUGUGUCGCCUCCGGUGUACACGUGUCUCCAUGUCGUUCGUUCGCAAGGCUCCACGAGCUUCGGUACGCCAGCUGCUUUCGCGUCUGAAGCGAGACAGCAGAGGCGAGCUAGCGGCCCGCACACCUCGUUGGCUGGCGCCAAUCAGAGUCAACUGCAGGCGCAGGAGACGUUUUUUCUCAGUGAAAAGAACGCCCUCGCGGGGACGACAGGGGUGUUCUUGACUCUGCCCUUCUCGGUGGCUGUUGCCGGUCCCGUGUCUGUGGCGUGUGCCUUCCAAAGGCGAGAGCGAGACAUCCAGGCGUCUCCGUUUUCGUUCGUCGCUUUCUCCAGUGUCGCACGAGACCAGGAAUCUGCCAAGACGACAGAGACAAGAAGAACCGGGGCUCGCGCCGAGCGCGAAGAAUGCGGGAGUCCUUGGUCUUCUUCUGGCUCUUGCUUUCCGGUUUUCUGGGAAGACUUGGAGCCUCUGCGUCAGGGUCUGGGCGAGCGACGAGAAGAAGGCAAGGCCGUAGACGCUGGCAAAGAGGCCGAUCGAAGAAUGGAGGUGCUGAAAGAGAUCUUGAUUCGUCUUGUCUCCUUCGUGUCGCGAUUCACAGACGGCCAUUCCCUUUCCCCCAGCGGUGUCUCGCCCUCUCUCUCCCGCUCAGGAGCAAGCCAAGAAGACGCAUGCGAAGGAUCUUGCGCUGAGCUACCGAUGCUGCCUGUGCGCAUCCUCUUCACCCUCGUCGUCCCGCUUCAUGUUGUUCGACCCACCCUGAGAGAGUGGAGAGAGGGAGAUCUGGCGGAGUCGCUAGAGCCUCCUCUCCAGCAUGCAGAAACACACGGCGAGACACUCGUGAGCGCCGCAGUGGAAGAAGAAGCUCAGGGUAUAGUGGCUGUAGCGCUUCGCCGUCGUUUGGCAGCGAUCGCAGCUGACUGUGACGGCUGGACGAAUGCAGAAAUCCGGAACCGGGCUGUCGCUCUUCUCGCUUCCCCGCUCCUUCAGUUCACAUGUGCAGGAUAUGUUCCUCUCUCGCGCGCGUUUCUCUCUUCCGCUUCCCCAUGCCCGUCAGUACGAGCUGCGUCCCCUCCUGUUUUGCCAGCGUUUCGGUGGGUACACCGGGCGGUCAGAUCGAUGACGCGCCGUUCUCUCGAAUCGCGCAGCCUGCGUCUUCUUCCUCGUCCUGUGGCUGUCCCUCUCGCCGACAUGUUGCUUGCGCACUGGAGCCUUCUUCUGCGGCGCGUUCUCUCGUCGUCUCCUCCGACUGGCCAACGUGGACCGGAAGCGACGAAGGACGCCGAGACAGAAGACGAGGAAACGCAGGGUGCAGCUUCCCUCAGCACGGAAUUCCGACACGAUGAAGAGAGGAAGAGAGAAGAGUACCGAGGCAAAGACGGAGACGCCCUUUUCGUGAAGAACCUGAGGGCUGCGUCGUCUCUGCAGGCGUCGCUUCGCCAUGUCAACACUACCAUGAAAUCUGUAGAAAACAUCAUUCGCUUCCAGACGGCUGCGUGCCAGUGGCAGCUUCCACCUGCUGAGUGGUGGAUAGUGAAUGAGAAGUCGAGGAGCUCCCGUGAAGACGAGAAGAGCUACGAACAGACGCAUGCGGUGAGCCGGGUGGGGAAUCGAAGAGACAGAGGCAAGGAGGGCAACGAGGUCCUUUAUCCAGGAGCGGGUGUUCGUGCCCUAGUGCCAAGGUGGGAGAGCCAGUCGUUUUUGAAGCGAAGGAGACAGGCCGAGGGUCGAGUCCGCGACCCGGUGACAGGGCGUCCUAUUCUGGACCGAGAGAAGGACUUGCUUAUACAGCAGGGAAUGCGUUCCUGCUCCCUCUGUGGCCAUGGUGACGAAGUGUCAAACCAGUCAGAAAGGAAAGCUGGGAGAGGUGACGCGGUAGCACUGUACCGGUCAGAUCUUGGACUCGACGACUACCUGCAAGAGAACUACAGCCGCGACAAGACUCUUCAGAUCCUACACGAGUUCCGUCGGAAAGUGCAAGAGGAAAGCAAGCGGAUCAAACGACUUCUGUCGGACACAGGCAAGGUCAUGAGCGAGUCGUCAACCGACCUCCAAGACGAAGACUUUGUCACUUGGGGGAAGAGAGCCAAGUCAGGGCGAACCGUGCGAGAAAUUUGCGACUCUCUGCAGCUUCAGGCAGCGGCCCUUUUCGAUUUCCUCGAAGGCAAGCCGAGAGGCCCAACGGCGCAGCGGAGGGGUCUCGCCUCGGUCACCUGUCUCCUCGUACCUCGGCAGGUAGCGCGCCUCCUUCUCCCGGCGGUUGCAGAGCCGUGGGCGGACCUUGAAGACGCUUCGACAGCCGUGGAUCCGGAUGCGUGGCUUCCGAUCGUCGGUCCGGAAAUUGAUGAAGAGUUUGGGAAAGAAGAUAGACGCGACAUGAGAAGAAUUGAAGCGUUCAAUUCAAGCUGCAGAGAAAGUGACGCGAGCGCACUCCGCGACAACGAAAGGACGGCGGUGGCUACAGGACCGCGGAGACACGAGACUGACGCGAUGGACGCUCCGUCUACUGGGCGACAGGGGGGAUCUGUGUUUCGGCAAAGCAUUCAUCAGACGUGUGGGCAAGCGCAAUCUUUGCAGGAAGUGACAAAUGAGAAACGCAGGGACACAGCAGGGCGGCGAAGAGGGAGAGACGAAGAAGGGUGCAGACAAAGCAUCGCGGUGCUUGCGUCUCUCAUUGAGUCCGCGAAACGGUGUCGACUGGACCUCGAAGUCGAGAAGAAGGAGACGGACGACUUCAUCAGCUACAUUGUCAGGUCGACGGCAUAAUCCCAGUGCACUGAGUUGAUGAUAUUUGUUCUCUUAACUUCAGGCGAACCCGUGUUGAGAACCGUGUCCGUCACGUAUGUUCUCCAUCAUCAGACACGCCGUUCCAUAUCGCGAGUGUCUUUGUCGAUUUGGACUUUGUUUUGACGUCUCUUCUUUCCGAAACUCGACCCAGACGUUGUGACGGGUGUUACUUGCUUGUUGUCUCAACAAUACAUUGCCAAGGCGCAAGCCGAUGACUCGCUCGGGGUACCGUAGGAAGCCCGUGCACGGACACACCCAAUGCACGUCUGCAUCUUUGCGGAGUCCGUCUCCUUGC